GUGUCGUUCGUUCCCCCCUUUGGCGCACAACCACGAGCCCGAUAUUAACUUAAGGUCGUUGGAUGAUAGUGAGUUAGGUUUAGAACACGAUAUUAAUCACGAGGAUUAUUUUUUAGCUCCGCCCAUUGACAAUGAGCUGGAUAUCCCACAUGUCCAAGACGGCGAAUAUCACAACGAGUAUGAUCAAGGCAGUGACCACGAGAAUAAGUACGAGUUGGAUGAUCAAAAAACAUUAGAUGUUGAAAGUAUCGAAACAAAAAUCAACGAGGAUGAUAGUGUCACGGAUAGACAACUGUCUCUUGCCUCACAAAGUAAUGAAUUGGGUUUUGUCGAAAAUAAUAAUCUUUCUUUAACGGAGCAUGGUGAAGUCGACAGCAAUUUGGAGCUCAGUGCUCAUCAGAACCCCGAUAUGGUUUCCUCGCAUCUCUCUGUUCUGCAGCCUGGUUAUGUGAUAACUUCUCCUAUUGUCCAAUCUCGAACGGUAAUUCCUGCUCCAGUGCAAGAAUUGACAGUCGGGCAAGAAUUUCCCGAUGUGAAGAGCUGCCGUAGAGCACUGCGUGACAUGGCUAUUGCCCUGCAUUUCGAGAUACAGACGGUGAAAUCCGACAAGACUCGUUUUACCGCCAAAUGUGCUAGCGAUGGAUGCCCGUGGCGAAUUCAUGCUGCUAAACUUCCAGGUGUGCCUACUUUCACCAUUAGGACCAUCCAUUCGGAGCACAACUGUGGCGGGAUAGCCCAUCUUGGCCACCAGCAAGCCUCCGUCCAGUGGGUUGCUAGUUCUGUUGAGCAACGCCUUAGAGAGAACCCACACUGCAAACCGAAAGAGAUACUAGAGGAGAUUCAUCGUGUGCAUGGUAUAACUUUGUCGUACAAGCAAGCUUGGAGAGGGAAGGAGCGGUUCAUGGCUUCGUUUCGUGGCUCGUUCGAAGAAGAUUAUCGUCUUCUGCCGCAGUACUGCAACCAGAUCAGAAGAACAAAUCCAGGGAGUAUGGCGUCUGUUUGUGUCAAUCCAGUUGACAAUAGUUUCCUCCGUUUAUUUAUUUCCUAUCAAGCGUCGAUAUAUGGAUUUCUUAAUGCUUGUCGGCCGCUUAUUGGACUCAAUAGGACUGUUUUAAAAAACAAGUACCUUGGAGCACUGCUUUUCGCAACAGGGUUCGAUGGAGAUGGUGAACUCUUCCCUCUAGCAUUCGGUGUUGUGGAUGAAGAAAACGAUGAAACAUGGAUGUGGUUUCUCUCCCAGCUGCACAACCUUCUCGAAACCAACACAGGAAACAUGCCGAGGCUCACGAUAUUAUCCGAUAGGCGAAAGUGCAUCGUCGAUGCGGUGGAGUCGAACUUCCCCACCGCUUUCCACGGGCUGUGCAUGCUCCAUUUAAGCGAAAACUUCCGGAAGGAGUUCAACAGCAUCUCCCUCUGCAACCUCCUCUGGGAAGCUGCAAACGCACCCACGGAAUCCGAAUUCUCCGCGAAAAUCUGCCAGAUCGCAGAGACUUCGCAGGACGCAGCAUACUGGCUCCAGCAGCAGUUCGAGCCCCGUCUGUGGGCCAGCUCGUACUUCGAGGGGACCCGCUUUGGUACCCUAACAGCCGAUGUCGUGGGGUCGCUGAAUUCUUGGAUUCUAGAAGCUUCAGGAAUGCCGAUUGUCCAGAUGAUGGAGUCGGUCCGCCGCCAGCUGAUGACGUGGUUCAACGAGCGGCGGGAGGCCAGCAUGCAGUGGAACUCGGUGCUGGUCCCGUCGGCGGAGCAGCGGGUGGCGGAGGCGGUGGAAUGUUCUAGAAUGUUCCAGGUUACGCGGGCGAACGAUAUGGAGUUUAAUGUGAUAACGGGCAAGGGGAACCAGGUGGUGGACAUUCGGAGGUGGUUGUGCUCGUGCAGGGGGUGGCAGCUCUACGGGGUGCCGUGCUCGCACGCGGCGGCGGCGCUGAUUUUUUGCAAGCAGAACGUGCAUCGGUUUGCGGAAGGGUGUUUUACGGUGGCGACUUACCGGAAGACGUACUCUCAGACGAUACAUCCUAUUCCUGAUAGGACCGUGUGGCAUGAGAUGUGUGGUGGUGGUGGAGAGGAAGAAGAAGAGAUUGUUGUUGUGAACCCGCCAAAGUCUUUGAGGCCGCCGGGGCAGCCUAGGAAGAGACGGGCGGCGCAGAGUGGGGACCGGAGCGGUGGUCAGGCGGCGAAGAGGGUUGUGCAUUGUAGCCGGUGUUAUCAGACUGGACAUUUUAGGACAACUUGUGCUACGCCUAUUUAGAUUAGAAUGAAUAGGGCUUGUCAUUGAUUAUAUAGCGUGCAAAUUCUUUUUUCUUAUUUUAUUAUUUUUUUUUUCCUGGAAGCAAGUAUGUGCUAUUUGGGAAGGGAAAUUUUUUGAGUAUUUGAGUGUGUGUUUUUUUCUCAAUUUUUAUUUAAAUUGAUUAAGUUUCCGCACUCUCCUGUUUGGAUAAUUACAAUCACCCCAUUCAACUGUAUAUUGUCUUACACAUCCA